CUGAACUACCCAAUGACUAUGAACAAAAGGGUUUUUAUGAAAUUAGUAAUGUUCUCAUGGGUCUCAGGUAUCAUGGUGGCUACGGUAUCAACUUCAUGGGUGUCUAGUUUUCCCUUUUGUGGCCCCAAUGAAAUUAAUCAUAUAUCUUGUGAAGCCCCAGCUGUGCUAGAACUUGUAUGUGCAGACACCUUCUUGUUUGAAAUUUAUGCCUUCACAGGCACCAUUUUGAUUAUUUUGGUUCCUUUCCUGUUGAUACUCUUGUCUUACCUUCGAAUUCUGUUUACCAUCCUGAAGAUGCCGUCAACCACUGGGAGACAAAAGGCAUUUUCCACGUGUGUGUCCCAUCUCACAUCUGUCACCCUCUUCUAUGGCACAGCCAGUCUGACUUAUUUGCAGCCCAAGUCUGGCUACUCACCAGAAACCAAGAAACUGAUGUCACUGUCCUACUCGCUGCUUACACCUCUGCUGAAUCCGCUUAUCUACAGCGUGCGAAACAGUGAGAUGAAAAGGGCUUUGAUGAAAUUAUGGCAAAGAAAAGUGGUUUUUCCCACAGUGUGA